AGACUGCCUGUGUCCCUGAGAGUUCCAUCGCGGGCAGAUUUUCGCCGUGCCAUGGGUUCAGUCAAUGCUUGUGGUAAACGCCAGAUGGUUGUUUGGGCGGGGUUGCUGCAGCCCGACGCGAGCUCCGCAAUCUUUGCGGCAGCUACCGAUUUGUGUGCAACAGCGCAAGUCACCCCAACUAGCGCAGCAAAAGGACCGGGCAACACGGCCCUUGUCUUGGGUCAAUGUGGCAAGCAGGCAAACGGCUCGCGUGGAAAUGCGUUCGACGAGCGCAAGUUAUGCCAAACGCUGAUCCACGAGGUCCUCGACAACCUGAAGCUUGAGGUCACAUUCGCGGGCAAACCUGAGGUUAUCGAUGGACGGCGGCACCGACUAUCGCGGGCAUGAAAGGUAUGAAGCCUUACCCGGUAGCCAACGACUCUGAUGAUCAAUGUUUCCAUUUUAAUUUGUACGAGUGGUACAUUGAGAAAACUGGACCGACCGGAUCUCAUCUAUCGACUCUCCACACGUCAUCAUAUACCUGCAGCCUGCGGCAGAUCCCAGCAUUAGCUGCUCAUUGCCUUGCACGACAGACCCUCGGACAGGUGGUUAGGGCUGCACACUUAGUCGAAGGCUUGGUACGGGGGCAAGGAUAAGAGGAAAGACUGGUGCGUCGCAAGAUCGGAUUCUCUAACUUCGAGACUCGGAUAAACAUGAAACUGCAAUCUACAUUGGCCAAGGACCCGAGCCGGGUGUGGCAGCAUAGUGGCU